AUGGUUAAGGGGAGCGCAAAAAGGAGGGUCGACCCAGAGAACUGGUUAUUUCAUGGCAGUAGCAGGCCACGCAAGAAAAUAGGACAUCCAGGUGUUGUAAAUAUUAGCCCUGCUUCUGUUUCAGCUCAGUUACUUGCAGUGACAUCAUCCUCUCGGAUUAGAACAGUUAUUGGUCAGUCUGUAGCUGCUAGGUUGCUGGAUUUUAUACUCAUAACUCUGCGAAACUCAUCCAUGGAUUCCUCUUCCGAAGAGCUUCUCUUAAUUAACAGUUUGCAUACGUUUGUCAGAGCAUUUGCAACCGUGCCAGCUCACCACAUAGCUCCCAUUUUGAAUUUGAAUGCUAACGGAAACGGGACAAACGGCAACGGAUGGUGGCAAAGGGAAUGGGCCCACACCUGCCAUACUAAGCGGUCAACGCUUAGUGUGUGCUGUUUAAGGGUGGCCGUAUCUUUCUUACAAUCACUUAACUGGUCAUUGCCAUCUAGACUAACCUUACCCAAGUAUUUUGGCUAUCUAGAUUUGCACAAUAAUAGCUUAAAAGGUGCUCGUCCUCUUCCUCUCGCUGGAGCUUAUCUGCUGGAUCUGUCGAUGAAUCAGUUUAAUGGUUCUAUUCCUAGUCACAUCGGUGCGUAUCUUGAAAAUGCAAGGUUCUUAUCCUUGUCGCGGAAUAAUCUCAGCGGAGCGAUUCCAGAUUCUAUUUGCACUCCAUAUUUGCAGGUUCUUGACCUUUCAAAAAAUACGCUGAGCAGUGUCAUUCCUCCUCAUUUAACCAGGAAUAGUUCUUCUCUUAGUGCUCUAGAUUUGGCAGAAAAUCAUCUGGAAGGUAAAAUACCAGCAGAAUGGGGCAACAUUACAAAGAUUCAUACAUUGAAGCUCAAUGGACCCAUUCCAAGAAGCCUUACAAAUUUGCUCGCAAUGGUCAAUGCAUCGCAAAGUAAUCCAGACUAUCUCGAAGAAUACACUUCAAUUGGUGCUACAUAUACAAAUCAGAUUAAAAUUUCCUGGAAAGGCUGGGAUGUUGAAUUUGUGAAAGUUCUUUUCAUUCUUAAAUGUAUUGAUCUUUCAAACAACAACUUAACUGGGAGCAUUCCUCCCGAAAUGGGAUCUCUUCAAGGCUUGAUAGCCCUUAACCUUUCAAGGAAUCAUCUCAGUGGCCGAAUCCCAAAAACAUUGGGACGCAUGGAUCAGCUAGAGUCUUUGGACCUCUCGCUAAACAGGCUGAAUGGCAACAUUCCAUUAGAACUUCAGUUGCUGAGUUAUUUGCAGUUCUUAAAUCUAUCUUACCCCACGGGGGGCAGUUUCUAA